CAUUUUUGUUUGUCCUUGGUAGUUAGCCGCUAACUCUCUUGCCGAUGGAUGUGAACCACGACAAGAUCCCGUUAACAUCAACAACUCAUUGAUCUUGCUUUCUCUUUCGAAUCUCUCGCCCUUUCUUUCUCACUUCAUUGUAUCAGCUACAACAAUUCUGAAAUUCCAAUUCAGUUUGUCCACUCUCAAUCUGGACGCUACGUUCUUCGCUUGUACUGGUGUUGGUGCAGGCAAUUUAAUCAUUGACUAAGCCUUGGCGACUCCUUUUUAUGAAUGUUUCAUUUGUUUUAUAAAAGACCCAUUUCGUUGAAGCAAAUGGAACACGAGAAAGCCCCAAUCUUGGAAGCAAGUUCCAGGGAGGAAAUUGAGAUGCACAAAGUUGAUGUUCUUCCUAUGACAACGGGGUCAUCUUGCAAUUCUGUUUGUCCUUUUUCCAGACAUGAACACAGUGUUGUGGCAUCAAAAGAGUCAUCAAAGUCAGCAAAGAAACUUUCUUUACUCAUAGUUUUCUAUGUUAUUGUUAUGAUUGUGGAAGUUAUUGGUGGUGUAAAAGCCCACAGCCUAGCUGUCAUCGGUGAUGCAGCACACUUGCUUUCUGAUAUUGCUGGAUUCUCUGUCUCUCUCUUUGCAGUUUGGGCUUCAGGUUGGGAGGCAACACCCCAUCAAUCUUUUGGAUACAAUCGUCUUGAAGUUUUGGGUGCUCUUAUAUCUGUGCAGUUAAUUUGGGGUAUAUCUGGUUUUUUAAUAUAUGAAGCAGUUGGUAGACUUCUUCACCAAAAUGAGAGGGUGAAUGGAAUGCUCAUGUUUACAAUUUCAGCAUUUGGAUUUGUUCUUAACUUUAUCAUGGUUGUAUGGCUUGGUCAUGAUCAUAGUCAUGAUCAUGGCUGUGGAGACUCACAUCAUGAUCAUAGUCAUCAUCAUGGUUGUGGAGACUCAGAUCAUGAUCAUGGGAUGGAUGAGCUACCUAAAAUAACUGAUGAGGAGAACCUUGCCCUGGUUUCAAGUAGUCAGAAAAAUACUAAUGUUUUGAACAUAAAUCUCCAAGGGGCCUAUUUGCAUGUCAUGGUUGAUAUGAUUCAAUCUGUUGGGGUGAUGAUUGCUGGAGCCAUAGUAUGGGCUGAACCAGAGUGGUUUAUGGUUGAUCUUUUAUGCACUCUUAUAUUCUCUGUUUUAUCUUUAAGUACUACCCUGCCAAUGCUUAGGAAUAUUUAUAGCAUUCUGAUGGAGAGGACACCAAGCGGGAUCAAUAUCAUUGAGCUGGAAUAUGGCCUCAGAGGUAUCAAGGGAGUGCAGGAUGUUCAUGACUUGCACGUUUGGGCCAUAACAGUCGGGAAAAAUGUUCUAUCUUGCCAUGUAGUGGCUGAGCCUGGCAUCAGUUCCAUUGAUUUACUAGGCACGAUUAAGCAUUACUGUGUAAAAACAUAUCAAAUACAACAUGUAACCAUACAAAUUGAGUAAGGUUACAUUCCUUU